UUGCCGAACAAAUUUUUUCUCUGAUAAAAAGUUGACUAAAGCAAUUAAACUAUUUUAAUAGGUAAAGUACUAGCCGUAUUCUGCUAUAAAAAAACAAGCAUAAUUGUUCAGAUAUGGCUAAUUCAGCAGAAGCUCCGGCUAAGUUCGAGUACAAGAUACCGGAAAAACUAAUCAAAAAUGCAAUGGAUAUGGCCAUCUGGGAAAAGUCCGAGGCUUAUUACGAUGUGUUUGGUUUCAUCAGUAGUAUGUGCGUUGCUCUUCAGGGAACCAAACAAAGCCAGCCCAUCGAAUUUAGUCCGAUAAUUCAUAAGUUGAUUGACACCAUCAAGCGAUUGGAACAACUGGCAAUCGAAACGCCACCCGUUGACCAACCGGCUCGUUUCGGCAAUGUCGCAUUCAAGGCCUGGUUCCAAAAGAUGCAGAACGAAAGUGCGACAUUGAUAACGAACGCUAUUCCCGAGAAUCUAAAAGAUGCGGUACCGGAGUUGAACGUUUACUUUGUGGAGUCUUUUGGUAAUGCAACUAGAAUCGAUUACGGGACGGGCCACGAACUUUCGUUCAUCAUGUUCCUAAUGUGCCUGUUUAAGAUCGGGGCCAUCGAGAGGAAAGAUGAGGUUGCUGUCGGAUUGAGGCUUUUCUAUCAGUACUUAAAUUUUGUACGGAAGCUGCAAGUGACCUACAGGAUGGAACCGGCCGGCAGUCAUGGAGUGUGGAGCUUGGAUGAUUUUCAGUUUGUACCAUUUAUCUGGGGCAGUGCACAGCUUGCCGUCAGAAGUCCCAUUGAACCAGCGCAAUUUGUGGAGGACAAUAUUAUCGACGUAUACAGGAAGGAGUACCUGUUUGUUGGAUGCAUCGACUACAUUCGGCAGGUGAAAACUGGUCACUUUGCAGAACACUCUAAUCAACUGUGGAGUAUUAGCGCCGUGCCAUCGUGGGCAAAGAUAAGCACCGGGCUGAUUAAGAUGUACCAGAAAGAAGUAAUGUCCAAGUUUCCCGUUAUCCAACAUGUGUAUUUUGGAUCUAUUCUAACGCUGAAUCCCGUCAAGCAAGGCAAGAUGUUGCCGAGUCCACGUUUGGGAAUCCUGCCAAGGACGAAUUUGGCUACGGUGGUUUCUCCACCUAAGUUUGAUGCCGAACCAAGCAAAUAGAGCGAUUCGAAGUUCAUUAUUGUUCAAUAAGUUGAUAAUUGUCUUUCUUGAAUAAAUACAAUACUACAAUGCUGGUGAGUG